CUUUGAUUAAAGAUAUGCAUAAACAAAUAUUGGGAAAUUCUUAAACUUACUGAUAAUUUUUUUGUGGAGUUCAAAGUGCAGUGUAAGUGUUCUAACCUUCAAGCAUAUGAUAGUAAAAAUUCGGCUGUUCUAAUAAGAGUUAUUUGGUUUUAAGUUAUAUAAUUUCGAUGUAUACCCCAACUACUUUAAGUAAAAACAUCUUUUCAGGUUUAGCAAACAGUUUAAAUGUUUUAACUAAAAACUUUUGCAAUGAUGUUCAACCACUAAAAUUAGAAAAAGCGUUGAUUGUUUCUAAAUUAUCUAGAUAUGAAUUUGAAAGAACGAAACAUAAAGGCCUUUCAGAGAAGGGAUUGGAAAGUUUACUGAGGAAACGUGGAUCCAACUAUGAAAAACUUGUUUCUUUUCACCAUCUUCAUAAAGAAUUUGAAGAAAAUUUGAAGAAUAUUAUUUUGGCUUCAGGAACAGAAGUAGAGAUUGUAAAUAGAUUAAGUUGCACAAAUGAAAAGGUAGAUAAAGCUGAUAUUAUAAUUCCCAUUGGGGGAGACGGCACAUUUUUAAUGGCAGCAAGCAGAGUAUUAGAUAAUAAAAAGCCUGUGAUAGGUUUUAAUUCAGAUCCAAACAGAUCUGAGGGGUAUCUUUGUUUACCAAGGAAGUGUUCAUUGAGCCCAGAAGAAACAAUUAGGAAACUAAAAGAGGGUAAAUUUCAAUGGUUGAUGCGCUCUAGAAUAAGAAUAACAUUGGAAGUUGAAGAAAAAUAUUGUUUAUUUCCCCAAAGUUUGCAUCACGUUGACGGGCAUUGUCUUCCUUCUUUGAAAAGCCAUUCUGGUAAAAACGUUUUACCAGUUUUAUCACUGAAUGAGGUAUUCAUGGGCGAGACACUAUCGGCAAGAGUAUCUCAUCUGAAAAUGCGACUGAACAAUUCUGAACAAGUCACAAAUUUAAAAUGUUCUGGUAUCUGUAUAUCUACCGGUACAGGUUCCACUUCCUGGCAUUUAAGUAUUAAUAGAAUAUCUAGUCAGAGUAUAGCUGAGGUACUUAGGCUCCUUUCCAUCAAUCCUAAUUCAGGCAAAGAAAAUUUAGCAUCUACUCUGGCUGAUUCAUAUAAUAAAAACCUCAUAUUUAGACCAGAUGAUACUAGGAUGGGGUACACCAUCCGUGACUUAAUUUCAUCAGGUGUAUGGCCGAAUCCAAAAGGAAUAAACCAACGAGGAUUUGCCUCUAAAAUAGAAGUAAGGUCACAUUGUUAUGAUGCUUCUUUGGUGGUAGAUGGAGGAUUUUCCUUCCCAUUUAAUGACGGCGCACUAGCGGUGUUAGAAAUUCUUCCAGAAGAUGCCUUACGGACUGUACUAUUUACCGACUGAAAACGAUUUAGUGAUAGUUAUCGGGAAAGAGCACGUAUAAGAGGUAUAAUAAUGACAAAGAGAGAGAGAGAAAAAGAGAGAGCUUUGUAUUUUCUCGAAUGAGAUUUUAUUUAUGAACUCGCCUUUGGUUAGCUCCAUUCGGUGUGCUAGAUGUUGCAUCACAUGAGUGCUUUCGAAAGUUGCAACCUAAAAUGAAAGCUUACAUCGACAUGAAAUAUGUCAUACCUUGAAAGUUAUUCUAGAGAAAAAUACUGUUCUUUAUAAAGUUAAAUAUUAAGGAGGAUAAAGGGCAUUAAGUGAAUUUUUUUGUUAAAGAAAGAAUGCCAUUCCUCAGUUUCAAGAGCUUUGAUAGGGUUUUUCAGAUCCUAAUUUUCGUUUGAACUGGUUAAAUACAUUUAUGAGUGCCUGUUUGUCCAAAUAUUCAUAGUAACUUAAAUUCAAUGGAUAUGAUUUUUUGUAGUUUGUAAUAUUUCUUAGAUAAUUGUCAGCAGGUCUGUGGUCCAAACUGAGGAUUUAUAAUUACUGCAUUUUCAGGAGUGAUUAUUAAUAAUAAUAGUGUGGACCAGCCAAUCUUUUUAUUUAUUUAAGACAAAGAAUAAUGUUUUGUUUAACUUUUUUCGCUUUAUAUGGUUUUUUAAUGAUUUCGUCUUUUAUAUUUUUUUAUUGUGUAUAUUUACACUAUUAUUUGUUUACGUAUUAGUGUCACUUAGUAUUUAUCUUGAAAUACUCUUAAUUGUAUUCCUAUCAACAAAUUGCCAAAACAACUAAAUAGUUAUCAUAUACCUCUGAACAAAUAAAUAUAUAAUAAUAAUAACCUUAACCUUACAUUUUCUUAAUUUCAUAAUUGCCUACAUUCUCUAUUAUUUCGACUAUAUGGCAACUAUGUACGAAAUUGACAACGGCAAAAUUGAAUAACGUACAACGGAUUUUCAGUUUUCCUAACAUUCAUUGAUUUAGAUUGUUUUUGAAUCAAAGCUUCAACAAAGCAUGUUAACAUGAAAUCACAUUAAUAUGGCCUAUUAUGAUAUAAAUGAAUGUGACUGAAAUUAUAUGGCUGCUAUUUAUAUAAGGUUAAGUAUGAUAUUAAGUGCAAUUACAAUAUAGUUAGGUAUACAUAUUGAACCAAAAAUUAUCGCAAAUGUUACUAAAAAUGAAGACUUUAAAAAGACUGACCAGUAUAGAAUUUUUCGGUUUUAACUGUUAUGAGAAAUAAUUUAUUAUUUAGACGACAGGAGUUAUAUUUAAAUCAUGGGAAAAUUUAGAGUUACAGCUAAUAAAUACCGAGAUUUUUACAUUCUAGGGGUCCAAUUUUUUGCUUCCCUGCUAAAUAUGGUAGCAUGGCUUGGAUAUCAUUAUUUUUUCUGUAGACAAUGGCACAGGAGUUUCCUUCAUCUUGAUUUCCAACUCCACAAAACUCAGUUUCAUUCCAGAAGAGUAUGAUGCCCCUUCCUUCGUCUUCUAAAUGAAUGCCCAUAUUAAUACAGGUAAGCUGACGGAUGUAGUACAUUCGGGUAUGAGUUAAUGUUGGAAGAUACAUCUGUUGCUGGAGAUCAAAUUGAAACAUUCGAAUAUCUGAGUUGUUUCCUCUGGAUUAUAUGCAAUCUUAACUCAUUUGUUGUCUUGCCACGUCAGCUUGCCUGUAGUCAAUUUCUAGUUUUUGCUUAGCAUCACUUUUAUUUCUUCUGUUAGAGUUGUGUCUAUUUUGACUUUAAGGGAGUAACAUGUUGGGCGUGUGUCAACUCAUGGGAGCUUAAAUACCGCUGUCGCCGGCUUUAGGUUGCAUCAUCGUAACUACCAUGUCACCUUUUUACUCAACAGACUAGAAUGAGGUUUUUUUCGAUAUUUUUGUUAUUCUUUAUAAUAACUCAUAUCUCAAAAGUCACGACAAUCUAAUGUUAUACACAUACAUGAGACUGCCAUUUGCAGGAUAACUUAAACGAAAAUAACUCAAAAAUGGGUACCCUAAUGACCAACUAAAUUGUAUUUGCUUAAAGUAUUAAUAAAUAAAAACCACUUUAAGCAAAAAAUAUAUUAAAAAAUAGAAGAUAAGCUACUUCCUCCGUUGAUUCACUUUUUUUCAAUUGCUCCUUUAUUUUUGGUAUUUACACUUCAUCUAAUUUAUAUAACGAUGCACGUCAUCGGCGUCAUAGCCUGUGACGUCACAUGAUACCAACACAAAAUAUUUAGAGUGUAGGUGUGUUGUUUUUUAGAAUCACUUUACCGAGUACACUGGUAUUACAGCCACUAGACAUAUUUUAUAAUAUACGCGUAGAAAUAAUCUUUAAAAAUUUCUAUUAAUGUUAACUUAAAGAAAUACACAAUAAUAUGUUUCAUUUCAUUUGUAUAAAUGCAUUAUAAAGCGUUUUUAUCAAGAACAUUUGUUCGGAACAUACUGUAACUGUAAUCGAACGAAGGUAAAAUUUUGGCAUAAAUUGGUAACACUUAUUUGACAGUUGCGGUGUUGACACUUUUUGUACUUCAUUAUUUUGAAUUUUAAAGUGAAUAUCUCUUGUUUUAUAUUUUUAACUAUUUAAUAAAAUCUGUUCUUUUUAGAACAAAAUUAGUGUGUUUUAUUUCAAAAAUAUCACGUAAGAAUUUAAAUAGUCGUUGUAAAGAGAUGGUAAUACUUUUGCAAUAAUUAUGUAAUCUAUUUGAUUUAAAAUGGAGUCAGGAUUUUUUUAUACUUUGACAACUAUGUCAACUUCGAUCUCUGACGUAGAUAAUGACGUAAGUCGUUAUCUAAAUUAGAUGAAGUAUAUAUACUUAAGUCCUCUGUUUUACUGCCUUUUUGAAUAUUUUUUUCCAUUUCAAUAUAUUUAAAACACCUUUUUUGACUACAGUCACACACUCAAGUAAUUCGUCUGCCAUUUUGCGUAGACUGAUUGUAGCAAAUGUGGUUGCAACUGAUAAGGCACUUACAACGUUAGGACUUUCUCUUUCUCAGUAUUCAAGGUGAGGGCAUCUCAGAGCUUUAGCUUCAAGAGUUCAAGUAAAGGUCGGCACAUACAACGGUUUAAUCAUAUAAAACGUAUUUCAGCUCGAGUAGUACUUACAACGUUAUGGUUUGGCACCCUUCAUUUGACUUAAGCCAUACCUAAACCAUUCUCUAAAGAUUUUCAACGAAGGAUUCUUCUCCUUAUUUCCCGUUAUUUAAUCCGCAUCAUUACUUUCCUUUCCCUGGCUAAAUAUUCUGCGAUUCAUUUUAAUCGUGCGUUGAGUUCAGUUUUUCGUACUUUGGAGAAUUUCUUUAUUUAUUGUCUCAAUGAAUUGAAUUUUUAUUACAGUUUGACACAUCCAUAUUUUGAAAAGAUUUUUAAAUUAGUGAACACCACAAUUUAUGCCUUCAAAAAGGUUUGUUUCCUUUAAUAUCAAUACAUUUAAUCCAGCUGUUAUCUUCUGUCUGUUACGUCCCUCUAAAAUUGCUGUAAAGUACUAAUUUUUGUCGUAAUGUGUAUCAAAUUGUGUAAAAAUGAGUCCGCUCAAUGAAUUCUUGUACAAAUCGCAGUCCACCAAGAUUUUGGCAUGUUUUCGAUAUCCUGAUUUCAACUUCCCUGUCUUUGGAAGUGUCUAAGCUUGCCAUGUACAAUUUUUAAAGUCUGUAAUCUUAAAACAUAUUGUCGGUCAGUAUAUUCUAAGAUUACGUACAAUUAUUUUUGAAAAUUCUCUACCGUUUUCUGGUCGCUGGUGCACCAAACAAUGUAAAAAUAUCCAGUAAAUUGUAAGGUACUUUCUCUACAUGUCCUGUUUUUAGUGCUUUUAAUAUCACAAAUUUUGUGAGAUGAUCUUGAUAACCAUUACAAACUUAUAUUCUCGGUUUGCAUGAAACUAAUAAUCCUUUCUUUUCUUUUUUUAUUUUUGUUUUUGUUGGUACAGUUCGCAAAGUUGCAGAUGUAGGUCAACAUCGUGGCGAAUUGUAUUCUUAUUACGUGUACAAAACUGCUGCUUUUCUUUGAAACUCCGAAUAAGAUCUUUCUCUCAUCCGAGAUACUGGUUGAUUGGCCGUAAUAAAUAUGAACAAGAUUCUUAACGACUUUAAACAAGACUGAAAAUUAUGGACUGAGCUCAUAAAAUGAAGAAAGUGUCCUCCCACCUGCGUUGAACACAAACUACUGAAAUGUAAGCAAGUAAUGAAGUAAAUAAGUCACACCGCCUUUAACUUUCCCCCCGUAUCACACUCUUACCUACUCUCGUCUUUUACGUACAUUACCGGUUGCGAAUUCAGGAUUGCAUAGAAUACCUAAGCAAAGUAUAAAACAAAUCAUAUUUCAUACAUUAUCUUAACAGUUUAUGCAUUAUACACAUUACCUAUACAAAACCGAAUAUUGUAAAACAUGUGAAGUAGUUUAAGUGUACUUUAUUAUCCUAUUUAAAUUUAGUAACAUUAAGAUAAUCAAAUGCACUUUUGAAUUAGAAAAAGUACUUUUUACAAAAAUUGAUGAAUUUAAAUUAAUGCUAUUUAUUGUUAUCCAUGAAAACACAAACGUUUGAUUUUAGAAAAUGUUCCCCAUUGUAGAUUAAUUUUUAAAAUGUUUAUAAGCAAUGCUUUUUCCUUGUUAAAAUUUUUAUUGUUUUAAGACAUAAACUGAUACUAGUAUUAAGUAAAAAAUAUAUUAAAAUGUCUAUUUUAUAAUAAAUAUAUGAUGAUUUUUU